AUGAAGAGCCCCCGAACCUUUGAGGAGCAAACGGAAUGCAUUGUAGACUCUCUACUCACAGACUUCUUAGGUCCCACUUGUCAGGUUGCUAACCGGACCCUUCGUUGUGCAGACGAACCAGAUUCAGGAGAGGUCUGCUCUUUUGAUGUGGCCAUCAUUGCUGGUCGCCUUCGGAUGUUGGGUGACAAGUUCAAUGGAGAAUUGGAAGCUCCUGCCAAAAACAUCAUCGCAGAAACCAUUCAGGGACAGGCAGGAGCUAUGCUUCAGGACACAGUUAAAUCUCUCAGCAAGGCCUGGUGUGCCCAGGAUUCCAGCUUGGCUUAUGAGAGAGCCUUUCUGGCAGUGUCAGUGAAACUUCUUGAAUGUGUGGUCCGCAUGACUCCUGAGAUGGCAAGACAGGUGGCUACGUCCAUGACAAAUAUGAUCAUUGGGAACACUGCCAUCCGAGAGUAUAUCCAGGGCCAGGGAGGUUGGGAAAAUCUGGAGAGCUAAAGAAGAGGUGGAGCUGUUUUCCAGCCUGAAAAACUUUGAUCUUCUUUGACUGAUCAGGUGAUUG